AUGUUUGAGUACAUCGGAGAGAAGAGUGCUGCAUCCAAUCUGUCGAAUUUCGUUGUCCUGCGUAAAAGAUUGGGUCAUCUCAUAAGUAAUGCGAUUUCUCCAACGGCACCGAACGAAUAUUUUUCGUCACGGACAGGCGAAUUUCAAAAAGGAUCGCCCAAUAAAAGAUACAUUGAUGCACAAGGUUUCUACGAGGACAACUUCUCAGCAGAGCUCAUGGAUAUGGCAGGUGUGUGGUUUUACGAACAACAGUUGUUCGUCGUUGCUAAUAACAAAACUAUAGAUGAACAUGAGCGUAAAUGCAGUCCUAUGGCAGCAGCUGCUGAUCCUCUCGCCAGAGUUCAGGUUGCGGAUAAGUGCUGUAAUGCGGCCCUGGCUGAUGGUUGGUGGAUGCGCCGCCGUUCCGAUGUGAUCGUUGCGACGACAGGUUGCAUGCCCGUUGCUCGUAUUUGGAAACCGUUCACUGAUCGUUUCACUACACGUACCAGACACAGUUCUUCCUACAAAUCACGAAUGUUAACAGCUACAGUUGAGGCGAAGCCACUGGCUCAAUCUGAGGUAACAAAAGAAGUUAAAGAGGCGAAACCAUUCAGUGAUGCAAUUAAGGAUAUUGAGAAUCGCGGCGAGAGCGAUGGUGAUGAAAAAGAUGCCAACUUAACCAUGGGGCAGUACCCUUGUACAGCUGAUGAUCAUUUUGAGCUACGCCUUAUUGAUGCUGUUGAGAAGAAUCCGUGCAUAUUCAACCGCUGUCACCCACUUCAUAAAAUGUCGGACUACAAAAGCCACGUUUGGAACCAAGUUGCACAGCAGUUGUCGUUUUCAGGUCCUGGUGUAGAGUUGGAACGUAAAUGGCGUCAUAUGCGCGACCGAUAUGUUCGACUUCGGAAAAUAGACAAGACAACUGCUCCACUGAAGAAAGGCGACAAAUGGUAUUAUUAUUACAAGAAAAUGUCAUUUUUGGAUCCCUAUAUUGAGCACAGAAACCGGAGAAAAAGAGGUGAUCUUAUGGCCAGUCUGAUGAAACUUGGAGGAAAUGCAGAAGGUUUGUACGACCACCAAAUCACGGAGAGGAACGAUGAGGAAGAAGGAAGCGAUUCUGGGGAAGGAGAAAUUGAGGAUCGAUGUGAUCCGUUAAAAGAAUUUUAUGCAACGUUUGCGGAACAAAGCAUGGCCAUGCCACUUCCGGUUGAUGUUGAGCAUUAUGAUAAGCAAUCCCAAGCCUCUAGCUCGUGUGCAAAGAAGAGAAGACUUGAGGAGAACCAUGAUGAUGAUCCCGGUGAUACAGAGGUUUCUCUAUUCGUACGGUCCAUCGAAAAGUCGCUCAUCAGUAUGGAUGCACGCACAUUUGCUUUGGCUCGGCUGGAAAUAUCGCGGGUUUUAUUUGAUUGUCAGUAUGGAGAGAUGAAGACGGUAUGA